AUGCUUGAAAUUACUGUUCUUGAGACACCAACACCAAUAACCGUGGAAUACAGUUUACCACUUAAAUCGGGGAAAAUCAUAAAUGUCAGUGCAAGAAGAUUGAUGCGUUGGGAGAGAGAGACGUCUGAGUUUUUUAUGCAGAAGGUGGAUAAAUCAGGUGGUCAUAAGAAUGUCCUUGAAUGCGCAACAUAUUUUGCUGAAGUAAUUUCUGAGGGACUUCUGUGGGAUAAAGAAGAUCAUAUUCAACAGCUUGCUGAACUGAUCAAACUAGGUUUUAUCUUGGAAUUCGAUGAGGCAGCUAUUGGGUUCUUGAUGAAGACUAAAAAUCUGCAGAUAUUUUUGGAGGAUGAAGAAUUUCUCUCUUCUGCCUUCCCUUCUUGUUAG